CGUAUUUUUGUUCUACAAAUACUUUUGAAUGAGUUUCAAAAUGUCCUCUCAGUUUUUCGUUAGCUUUUUCGUGUUAGCUGCUCUGGCUUUAAUGGAGGGUGUUUUUUGCCUGAAAUGUCAGCAGUGUUGCUACACAGAUGACACCACGGGCUCAAUUGCAGUCCCUCAAAUGGCAGGUGACUCGGCCAUCGUGUGUGCCCCAGCCAACAUGGACUGUCUGUUUGGGGCCAAGAAGUUCGAGCAGGAUUGUGGAACCGGCGACUGGAGAUGUCUGUCUGCCUUGAGAUCAUCGUCGACCCCAACCAAACAGGUCCUGAUCCGGAUGUGUCAGAAGAAAACGCCCGAUUCUGGAUCGCCGAAUUGUGACGGAACAGAACCCGUCACGAUCAAAGCUGGCGUAGGUCCAGCACCCCCCAUUGUAGCGAUCCCCGGCGAUCCCGGACUCACUCACUGCUGCGACGACAACAACUGCAUCACCAAGGAUGAUCUGUGGACGAAAGCAUGCCCGGAGAAGCCGAAUGCCGCAAGUCGCACUGGCUUCAAUUUCAUGUUUUUCCUUUUUAUUUUUUUAGUCGUGAAGUUCUUUUAACUUGCUUCGUUAGAUUCAAAUGGUGGCUUUGCUGUGCAUGUAAUAAUCCCACUCCAAUCGUCAGAAGUUGAUCGACACGUGCCUGCUAGAUAUUAGUAACCUUUGGUCAUCACAACGACAGAAACAAACGCUUUGAGAACAGAAUAGAUUUUCCAAACAACCAAACAUCUUUAGGAUAAUUUCUCAGAGGCACAAAUGAUCACUUUUUGCAAUUUUAGAAAACGCUGGUUUAUAUUCGUGAUGCUCUUUGAGGCGUUGAAGCAUACAUUCGCGGCCCAUCCUUGACUACAAUCAUACUUAUGGUGACGUCACACUUGAAUACGCAGACUGCUGUGCUGCCGAAUAGCAUCAUGCACUACAAUAUAGCACGAGUCAAAAUUAAGUCCUUGUGUGACAAAUUGGACACACAUGUCCCUCAUCACAUUAAAGACUGAACAAGAUUAUUCCUCAUUACAUUAAAUAUGUUUUUCUCCAAUUGUUCAUCAGAUAUAGACUUUACAGGUUUAUUGUUUUACAAAACGGCGUCAACUUCACCAAUUUUAUUGCUUUGCCUGAGUAUGUACACGUAUAAUACAGUUAUCUUGGUUACAUUGUAUCCAAAUUGUUUUUAAUAAAUUACACUCUACACAAUAUAAUAGUCUAUUUAUCAUUCUUGCCUAUGGAGGGGUAAAUGUGUCUUGAG